AUUAAGACACUAAUAAAAUUGGUUGAAGUAAUCAUAAUGAUAAUUAAGACCCGACAUACAACUUAUGAGAUCUUAUUAACAUAAUGUUCUGACAAAUAGAAAUUAAGUAGAUGAAGUCUGAAAUAUAAUUAAUUUCUAGCCGCCGCAAAGCGCGGGCCAAAAAACUAGUAAAUUAUAAUAAUGUUAGAUCAAACUCUCAUUUGCAAACAAAGAAGAAACAUAAAAAAAAAAAAAUACAAAUCACAAAAAACCAGAGGAAGAAAACCUUGCUGCUAGAAAACUAAACAGAGGAACCAUCCAUUCCAAAGUAUUGACAGCAUGUUUCUUCUCUUCCAUGGAGUUGCAGCUUUUUCACUAGGUAAACAUAGGUACCCAGAAUGCGAAUGAAUAGAAUAAAAUCUCUGCCACUACAUGCUCUGGUCGGAUGAAAGAACUGCAACUGUUAAUUGGCUGACUCCACCUUUAUUCGAUCCAUGUCGUUGAUCACUCCUUCAAGCUGCAGCAAGGGAAAUCAGCACACAUAAUCACCACGGGAGAACAUAUAAUUCAUAGACCAAAAAGAUACAGAGAUGUUAGAUAAAAGAAAAGUGUGAACUUGACAGUAUAUGCUUUAACAAUCUCCAGAAGCACAAUAUUGAAUCAAAGGGACCAGGGGCCUGUGUCAUACAUUGAUCAUCAAUGUAGAAGUCUGACAUCGGAAUUGGAGACAAUCUUUCCAUCAGAAUCAAUAACAUGAGUUUUGUCUUUGUAAAUUUAUCAAUAUCAUUCUUUAACUGAAUUGCUAUUCGUCGCCCUAAAAUUUAAAUUUUAUCACCCUAAACUUUACUGAAAUGACACAUUCACCCCUAAUUCAAUUCUAACCCUCCAAACCCGAUGACCUCUCUGGGCAGAGAAGAACUGCCGCCAUCACAACUCAAUUCUCACAUCUCAUAUGGGUCGAGAAAAACUGUCGCCAAUCGCCCCUCCAUCCAUCCCAACCAGAUACACCCACCCAUCCCCCACCCGAAUCCGUAACUUCCAUGUUGCUCUAUUUCUAUACCUCCCCUGCUUCUGCUACAACCCAAAUGGAAGACGAGUUGACCGGCCGCCUGCAGAGUCACUAAUCCGAUGACGGUUGACGGAGGAAGCAGUGGGUUGGUGAUGAGGAAAUUAAAGAGUAAUGGUGGUGGCGGAUCAAUUCGAAGCAAGCCAUGAUAUGGGCCCUAACCCAUGUUGUGAACAAAGCAGAUUUGCUCACUGUGCUUCACAUUAUCCCUCCUUCUCAUGGAAACCAACCUUCACAUUCCUCCCCAACUCCCUCGGUGCCCUCUGCAAAGCCUGCAAGCCUGAGUAUUGUGUUUCAUAGUGUUUACAAAACUGUUCAAUAUGAUUCCUUUGUUGCAAAUAGCUAAAAAGUUAUUGAAUUAUUUUUUGCUUCGUUUAAAAUAAAUGAAAUAAGGGCAUUAGAGUAAAUUUAUCUUAAUUAGGGCGACGAAUAAGGAAUUUUAGGGCGACGAAUAGCAAUGCCCUUCUUUAAGGCUAAAUUGCAAGUUUGGUCACUCGAAUUGCUACAAAAUUUCACUUUUGGUCACUCGAAUUCGUUUAUUCCAUUCGUAGUCACUUAAAUUAGUUGAACAGUCCAACUUCGGUCACUCUCCGUUAACCUCCGUCAGACUCCGUUAGUGCCGAUAGUUAACUGCUGACGUGGCUAACAGAGAUGUCUAGUCACCCAAUUUUAACCCAAGAAAAACCAAAAAUUGACCUGCCACGUCAGAAAAACAUGACACCUCAUAUAAACACAACCCAAAAAAUGUUGUUUACGGUAGAUUAUUUUGUCUUCUUCUUAGGGCUGAAGAACUUCCCCGCCUCGCCAAUUUUGCCGCCCUCGACCGAGACGACCUUCCUGCUUCCAGACCAUGCUUCCCUUCAUCUCCACUCCCAGAAAUUUGCAGCCGUACAUCGUCUCCUGUUAUCUCAUCACUCUGGACUGCCUCGCCGAGUUGACGGUUCCUUGCGGCUGCUCCCACACGCCACCACUGCGGCCAUCCUUCGUGUUCUCAGUCCUCUCACGACUCAUCCCAAAAUCCGCAAUUGCCGCGUCACCACUUCCUUCGUCUCUACAAACACGCCAGCUCCCAUGAUUUUUCCGCAGUCGCCCUUACUCUUUGAGGGAAGACUCAUCUUCUCUCCCUCAUCUUUCUUUUUUUCAUCUGCACCUUCAAUUUCAUUCUCGGUCUCUCUUCUCUUGGCGGCACAAGGGGAAGUGAAAGCUACGGUGAAGGGAAUAAACCACCAGCAGGAGUCUGACGCCGGAGAAGGGGAAAUGGAACCCCUAACCGUCGAGAUCGGUUUUCUAUCUCAAACCUGUUGAAUCCCUCAUUCACUGGUCAUUCCCAAACCUUGAUGUCCGCUAUAGUGAUGGCCGGUUCCUGUAUGUGGUGGCCUGAAGGAUAAGGAUGACAGCGGCAAUAACGAGCUCUUCACUUACCUAAGCUGGGCCAAUAUGAAGCAGGAGGAGCUCAGAAUCCCACGAACAGGUAUGCUUUGUACUUCCUCUAUUUGUUUCCGUACGUGGUUCCUCUUUAAGGUUCUCCAUUCUCUUGCUCAUCUUCGUUACUCCCAUCUCCAAGGAUUGUUUUGUACCUUGACAGAUCCAAUGUUCUUGCGUUGGUGUUCCUUUGUGCAAAAAUCAGAGGCUUUGAAAUUGAGAUUGAACUGAGGAACGGUUGGUUUGCACAACUCAAGGACAGGUAUGUCAGAAUUAUGGUGGAAGAAUGGGGUAUGUUUGAUCUCUUUUCUAGAAACCAAGUUAUUACUUGGAAGCUUUUUCCUUGGUAGCUCAUGAUCUCCUAUUUGCUUUUGUUUGGCCUGCAUCAUGGUGUUUGAGGCUUGAAACUCUUACACUUGGAUGGGAUGUAAGCAAGUUUCCUGUUAUUUAUGCAGUAGGUCGUGUGAUUGCGGGAGAGGACUCAGUGAAAUGCUCAACUUCAUAUACAAAUGAUGGGAUUGUAGGUUCAGACCUUCUAAAGGGUGAAUUCGUUUCUGAACAACUAACAGGGUAAGUUCAAACUCUAUCCUCAAUGAACUAAAUAUAUUGUCCAGGCUGAGAGAAAAGUACCAAGCUUGUGUUACUUUCUUCACUUCUACUUGCUGGUGGUGGGUGUUUUGCCUUAGUCUUUGCCAUAUCCUCGAAUCCAGCUUGCAAGUUUAGUGCUGAUUUGCUCACCAACCCAAAUGACAUUUCCUGCCUGAUGAAGAUGGAGCAUCUUGAAGAGUCCAAGCUAAGAUCCCACAAAUUGGUAACCUUUGCUUUGUGGCUUACCGAUUGGAAGCCUAUAUUGCAUUGCUUAUUAAUUCUUUAUAUUAGAUUCUCAGGUCGCUGCAUUCAUCGCUUUGGUCUGCCGCGGUGAAUGCAUUCACUGCGGUUGACAACAACGGUGAUGCCCAAACAUGUGUAUUUUGGGAAAAAUUUUUAUAUCGUGUGUAUUUUGGAAUUUUUUUUUAAAACAUGUGUAUUUUGGAUUUUUUUCCAAAAACCACCGGACAUAUGAAAUACGAAAUAGCAUACCUUUACAAUUUGCCUCAAGAAGAAAUCCCCAUAUCGCUUCACUGAUUUGGAGUCCACAACACGUAUCAUGUCCUGCAACAGCCAAAAAAAUAUGGAGAUGUUAAUUAAACAAGUCACAAUAGAUGACUGCAUGGAAUCAAAGGGAGUCAGGGGCUUGUAUCAUACAUCAUCAAUGUAGAAGUCGACAUCGGCAUUGGAGAUGAUCUUUCCAGGGAUUUUAAUGGCGUGAAAUUUCUCUCUUUUUUAUUUUGAGUAGCCUUAUACAAAAGGCUGCAGUAGCUACAUAUUUUUUUUGCUCAGCACGGCGUGAAAUUUACAACAACCUCCUAGUCAGCAAUGCAAUAUCUAGUAUCUUGCUGGCAUGACCUGAAUCUUGAGCUCUGUUAACAAUUGAGUCAGUUCUACUUCAUUGUUUUUGUGGCAUUGAAGUUCAGCUAGGAUCUUUGCUACGUAAUGACCUUUCUUAGUUUACAGAAACCCUUCUGGGUGACUGCAGUUCAUUUAUGUUUUUGGUAUAUUCUUAGCUUCCUCAAAGACAAAAUUAGAAACCAUUCUGUUUCUCUAAUUCUGUCACGGCCAUCUGCAGCGGAGUGCUUCAAGGACCGAACUGAUGUACAAUGCCUGCACAGGUGGCAGAAAGUCUUAAAUCCUGAACUUGUGAAAGGACCUUGGUCAAAGGAGGUAUCUUUAUAGUUCUUUCUUGGAUUGGUCAAUGUUGCUCUUUUUUCUAUCCUUUUAUGAUUUAUCCCUCUUUUUGCUUGAAUGUGUACAGCAAGUAUAUUUCUCAUUUAUCUUGCAUUUUCUCCAAAUAGGAAGAUGAAACCAUUGUUGAACUGGUCAAUAAAUACGGACCUAAAAAGAGGUCUACAAUUGCCCAACAUUUACCAGGGCGUAUCGGCAAGCAAUGUAGAGAAAGGUAAACAUGAAAUGGUUAUGAACUUACUCCAAAAUUUACCGAUUCAUGAGUUUAAAAUAUUUUUUGUUCAUCUUUUGAUUUUCAAAUUUAACUUGAUGCUUUAUUGUGUUUGUUCAAACUUCCACUCAAUGCCAGUACUUCCACCCAACAUUUGGCCCUGACUCGCUUUUUUUAUAUUUAGGUGGCAUAAUCAUCUUAACCCAUCAAUUAACAGACAGGCUUGGACUCAGGAUGAGGAGUUGGCAUUGGUUCGUGCUCAUCAAAUUUAUGGCAACAGAUGGGACGGAUAAUGCUAUAAAGAACCAUUGGAAUAGUUCUGUGAAGAAGUUGGAUUCUUACUUGGCAUCUGGUCUACUAGAACAGUUUCAAGGCCAUCCACUAGUCAUGCAUCAAAAUCAACCCACAACUUCAUCUUCUUCCAGGUUGCAAAAUAGUGGGGAUGAUAACGACAGCAGUCGAAAGUGUGUCACAGAAGCAGAGGAAAUAUCAGAGUGCAGUCAGGAGUCAACAAUCAUGGCCUGUUCUCAGUCAGCUAACGGUUUGGGGGAUAAUUCUAUUAUCCGUACAGGAGAAGAAUUCCAGUUAGCACAAGAAUCUGGCAUGGUAAAUGAAAGAUACCCCUAUACUGCUGUCCAUUGUUCCGAGGAGUAUUACACGUCUCUUGGAAAUGUCCAGUUUUCCAUUCCUGAAGUAUCCUGUGAAGCAGAUGGAUCCUCCACCGGCUUUCUCCAUCAGAAUUACGCUCAUAUGGCUGCAGUUGAUAAUCCAGCAAGUAGUGAUUACCAAUUCAACUUGGAGGAGCUUUCCAACUUGCAUCAUCCACUGGAAUUUGGACAAGGUGGCUUUUCAGGCAUGCCAAAUCAUAGUAGUAUCGGUGCUCAUGAAACUCAGGAAAUGGGAUUCACUGCUCCUAUUCCUUUGGAAGAUAUGGCAACAUCUUCAUCCACACCUGGACAACAAAUUCUCUUACCAGACGACGAAUGCUGCAAGAUCUUGUUCCCAGAGGCAACAACCAGUGGAGACAUCGCUCCUCAAAAUCAUCAUAGAGAAGACUCGUCGAAUAUGGUUGACUUACGUGGAUCAUCAAUCAACUAGAGACCUGAUAAGGUGCUUAUUCCACCUAAUGAUGAAGAUCUCAUAGCAAGUGUUAUGCACUCCUGUGAUGGUGGUGGUGGGAAUAUGAUGCAAGCAGAAUCAUAUUUGGAAGAAGCUUCAGAUUUGCAGAAGAUGAAUGAUGGUGGACUAGAUCAGCAACAAGGCGAUGAUACAGGAUCUUUAUGCUACGAGCCUCCACGGUUCCCAAGCUUGGAUCUUCCAUUCCUAAGUUGUGAUCUCGUGCAACCUGAUAGUGA